CCGGGGAGCCGGCUGGAGCCGCUGCGGGGCAGAGGCGCGCGUGGUGGCCGGGGUCGCGGCGGGACUCCCGGCAGCUCGCUCAGUGUGCUCCCAGGAAGACUUGGAUUCCAUCAUGGCCGAAGUCAAGGUGGAGGUGGCCGGCAUAGACUGGCAGAAGCGCUGCCUUUCCCUGGAGACACAGCUUUUCCGCUUCCGCCUUCAGGCCAGUAAGAUAAGGGAGCUGCUGGCUGACAAGAUGCAGGAGCUGGAGCAGAGGCUGCUGGAGGCCGAGCAGAGAGCUGAGAAUGCGGAGACUCAGGUGGGUGUGAUGGAAGAGAAGAUAAAACUGUCCAGUCUGAAGAGUGUGGACUCCCCAGGUAGCUUGCACCAAAGGUACCAAGAAUUGCUGAAAGCCAUGCAAAGCAAAGAUGAGCUCAUCAGCCAGCUGGAGGCACAGCUGGAGAAGCAGAAGCAGACCAGGGCUGAAGAAGCCAGAAUUGUUCAAGAAAAGGCUGCAAAAAUCAAGGAGUGGGUGACGGUGAAGCUAGCCGAGCUUGAAACAGAGAAUGAGCACUUGAAGGCCUGUAAUCAGCAGCUAUCAGAGCAGGUGGAAGCCCUUCAGGACGCUCUUGAGGAUCUGCAGAUGACACCUUCAGAGAAGCUGCUAGUGGUCCCCGAGGGAACCCCAGAGGGGAGUCCUGUCCCUUCAGGGCCCGGAGCCCAGCCUGUGGAGCAGGACAGUAAUCCCCAUACUCAAAUUCUGAAGGUGGCUGUGCCUACACCUGCCCUGGGUCCCCGGCAGAACGAGGACUCUGUGUCAGAAGCCAGAAGUCUUGAGGAUUUGAGCUUCAGCACGGCCUACCCUGGGGAAAUAGCAGAGGCCAAGGUCCUUAAAUCUCAUCCUCAGAGAGAGGGCUCACCCAGCCAGCUGUUCGUGAAGCCUAGCAGCCCCAAACAUGGGUCAGCCUCUCACAGGGAAGAUCUGGUCACUGCUCGGGGAGGGACAUUCCCUGGCACUAAGAUCUCUGCCAGGGGAGGUGGCCCUGGGAGUAGUCUGACCCUGCCAAAGGUGCGGGCUCCCAGCAACCCCUGGGACAGCGUCCAAGUGGCCAAAAGGCACCACAGUCAACCCCAGGUGGGCCCCGGGCAUUUUGACCAUAUGGUAAGCAUUAAGAUUGGGGCCCUGUCAGCCCUCCACUCACCUGGCUUCUCCAAGGCUGAAGUCAGAGCUAAAGCCCGGGAAGAAGCAGAGAAGAUGGAGAUGGAGGAGCCACCUCCAACAGGGAAACAGGAAGAAGGAGAGAGCCCGAAGCCCCCCAGGGCUGAGCUGCAGGAAGUGGAACUGGAGAACAAGCCACCCACACCCCCGCUGCACCGGUUUCCAUCCUGGGAGAGCCGGAUCUAUGCGAUGGCCACAUCAGGCAUGCAGCUGUCAGACGUGUCGUCCCGAAGUAACGCAGCCUGCUGCGCUUCAGGCCCUCCCGCCCUCGCACUCCCUGGGGCUUUCUCUGGCCUCGUCUACAAGAAUGUCACCGUGCCUGUCUACACAGCACUGAAGGGGAAAGCCACACAGAUCAGCAGUGUGCCUUUUGUGGAUGAGUCCUCUGGGUCUGAUGACGACUGCGGCUCUCAAGCGAGUGUCCGGAUGUCAGUCCCCUGCUCUGAGUACAGGAAGACCGGUGGACUGGGCAGCCCCCGGGCCAUCAAGAGAGGAGUCUCCAUGUCCUCAUUGAGUUCCGAGGGUGACUACGCCAUCCCUCCUGAUGCCUGCUCACUGGACAGUGACUACUCAGAGCCUGAACACAAACUCCAGCGUACUUCAUCCUACUCCACUGAUGGGGAGGCCCUGGAGAAGUCAGGCUACCUGCUGAAAAUGGGCAGCCGGGUGAAGACAUGGAAGAGGCGCUGGUUUGUCCUGAGACAGGGACAAAUCCUGUACUACAAGUCUCCGAGUGAUGUCAUCCGGAAACCUCAAGGGCAAGUGGAUCUGAACUCCCAUUGCCAAAUUGUUCGAGGGGAAGGAGCACAGACAUUCCAGCUCAUCUCUGAGAACAAGACCUACUACCUAACAGCAGAGUCCCCCAGCCUCCUGGAAGAAUGGAUCCGUGUCCUCCAGAGCCUGCUGAAGGUGCAGGUCACUGGACCCCCAGCUCUGCAUCAAGGGGGCGCCAAGCCUACCGUGAAGGGCUGGCUGACCAAGGUAAAGCAUGGCCACUCCAAGCUGGUCUGGUGUGCCCUUGUUGGGAAAACCUUCUACUACUACCGGAGCCACGAGGACAAGAGACCCCUGGGCUGCCUACCUGUGCAGGAUGCUCACAUAGAGGAAGUAGAUCGGUCCUGUGACUCAGACGAAGACUAUGAGGCCGGAGGAACUGGCCGGUUGCUCUCCUCACACUGCACCUUGGUGAUCCACCCCCCAGAGCACAGCCCCACCUACCUCCUCAUCCGCACCAAGCAUGAGAAGGAUACAUGGCUUUACCACCUCACGGUGGCUGCAGGGGGCAGCAGUACCAAGGUGGGCACUGUCUAUGAGCAGCUCAUUGGGAAACUGAUGGAUGGCGAGGGAGACCCAGACUCCCCACUCUGGAGGCACCCCACGCUGUGCUACAGCCGAGAUGGGCUGAGCACCUCCCUCACCACCCUGCCCUCCGAGGCGCUGCAGACCGAGGCUCUCAAGCUCUUCAAGUCCUGCCAGCUCUUCAUCAACGUGCCCGUGGAGGCCGCCUCAGUGGACUACCACGUGUCCCUGGCACAGACAGCAUUGCAGGUCUGCCUUGUUCACCCUGAGCUCCAGAGUGAGAUCUACUGCCAGCUCAUGAAGCAGACCAGCUGCCGCCCGCCUCAGAAGUACUCUCUUAUGCAGUGCUGGCAGCUCCUGGCUCUGUGUGCCCCGCUCUUCCUGCCUCAGCAUCACUUCCUCUGGUACGUCAAACAGCAGCUCCAACGCCAUGCAGAUCCCAGGAGUGAAACUGGCCAGUAUGCCACAUACUGCCAGCGAGCCGUGGAGCGGACCCUGCAGACAGGAGAGCGGGAGGCCAGGCCAUCACGUAUGGAAGUGGUGUCCAUCUUGCUACGAAACCCCUUCCACCACUCCUUACCCUUCAGCAUCCCUGUGCACUUUGCCAAUGGGACCUAUCAGGUGGUUGGUUUUGAUGGCUCCUCCACAGUGGAUGAGUUCCUCCAGCGGCUGAACCAGGAGACAGGCAUGAGGAAGCCAUCCCAGUCUGGCUUUGCCCUCUUCACAGAUGAUCCUUCUGGCAGGGACCUGGAGCACUGUCUUCAAGGGCGUGUCAAGAUCUGUGAUGCCAUCUCCAAGUGGGAACAAACGCUGAAGGAGCUGCACCCAGGAAAGUCUGACGGUGGGACACGCGUCGUGAAGCUGAUGUAUAAGAACAGACUAUACUUUCGAAGUCAAGUCAAGGGGGAGACGGAGCGAGAGCGUCUGCUGCUUGCCUUCCAAACCAGUGGAGAAAUAGUGGCAGGAAGAUUUCCAGUCACCAAGGAGCUAGCUCUCGAAAUGGCUGCCUUGAUGGCCCAGGUGGAGUACGGGGACUUGGAGAAGCCUACUCUGCCAGGUCCUGGGGGCACACCUCCUGCCAAAGCUCAGCAUCUCCUCCAGCAGGUCCUCGACAGGUUCUACCCAAGGCGCUAUCGAAAUGGCGCACCCUCUGAGCAGCUGAGGCACCUGGCAGAUACGAUGGCCACCAAGUGGGCAGCAUUACAAGGCUGCACCCCUUCUGAGUGCAUCCGCAUCUACCUGACUGUGGCUCGGAAAUGGCCUCUCUUUGGUGCCAAGCUCUUUGCUGCUCAGCCUGACCAGCCGUCUUCUAAGGAGAAGACUCUGGUGUGGAUUGCUGUGAAUGAGGACGGUGUCAGCAUCCUGGACCACCACACUAUGCAAGUGCACAUCACUUAUCCCUACUCUUCAGUGACAACGUUUGGUGGCUGCAGGGAUGACUUCAUGCUUGUGAUUAGAUCCAUUCCAGACCAGAGCUCUGGAAAAAGCCACAUUGACAAGUUGAUCUUCCGAAUGCCUGCUCCCAAGAUCACAGAAACUACCUUCAUGAUGGCCAGCUACAUGAACCACUGUUCUGCAACUGUGAACCUACCCACCAGGCUGCCUGUAGCCCGCCAGCCCCGAGACCUGGAUGGACAGUUCUUCCCUUCUGUUUCCUGCACUAAGGGGCCAGCUUUGCUGUGAACGUUCCCCCCACCCUUGUCACCACUGGUGCCUCUGGGGUUAGAUUUCUAUCCUGGAGCAUACUACUACUGUGAUGGGUCUAAUGACCCCUCCCCAGACUGUUCUGUGAAAUGUAGAUUUCAGGGUCCUUGAAACCUUUGUACCCUUUAGGUGCCUUAGCUUUUAAGGCUCAACAUUUUAAAAUCCAGACCCAACAUCAAAACCACUUACUUCUUUUACAAGAAUACUGACUCUGGAUGCUACCUGAUUCUAGAUUGAGACAGGGAUGGCCCAUAGUUACCAGGGCAGUGGUACUGUAUUUGGGGCUUCUGCACUGAUACUCAGGGAAGCUCUCUUUUUAUAUUAUACGUGGUCCUUAUGUGGGGGCUUAUACUUGAACUUUCCCGAACAUCCCUGAACAAAAUAGGACUAAAAUUCCUAACUCACCUAAACUUUGGCAGAUGCCUACAAAUCUCUAAAACUGGACAACUUUCCUAAAUGGAAAUACUGGCAGAACUAGAGAAAAAAUGACAAGCUUCCCCCUCCUGGUGAGGAGGCAUUUGCUAUCCCCCUACUGGGGGCAGGGGGCAGCAGCUCUAAUCUUCCCAGGACAGCACACUAUUCCUGUUAAGAGUCAAGCCUUUUCUCUCACACUGGACUAGCACAGGAGGGACAGAACCAGGCUGCACCUCCCUGUGUCAUUUUAGGCCCGACAGGGAUGAGUGAAGGCUGUGCUCACUACUGAAGGACGAGGUAGUCAUUAUCCCCCAUCCUCUGAAAGACCAAGCAUGUGAGUUUUGCUUGUUGCUGCUCUACGAGGCCAGGAGACAACACACCGGGAACACUAAAGACCCCUCCAUUCCCGGAAGGCCGGACUGCUCACCAACACUUCUGGUAGAUACCUUCUGGAAAUUAGUUGGAAGCACAGAACAUGUAUAUAAUAUUUGCCCUAGUAAUAUGUGAAGUAGAAAGUUUCUUUCAACUUCUGUCUUCCUGAGAACAUCAUAAUCCCUCUCAACUCAGACUUUCUAAUUGAUUUUGAUGAAGAUGACCUUUAUCUCCACCUUCUCCCAAAAAAAAUAAAAUAAAAACCAAAAGUUCAUACUUUGAUUUUCCAACAUAUGAAAAAAAAACUAAGUUUAUUGUGCAGCUCUAAGGCAGUUCUAUCAUCUCCCAGUAACAUGGAUGAGGAGAUGGGAUCAGCCCCCAGGAAAUAAGCCUUUAACCCAACAGUGUGUGUGACAUACACUACAAAAAACUGCAAAGCCCAAAUUACUUUGUCCAGAUGCCUCAGCUGCUGUAAUCUUCCUUUUCUCAUCCUUUGAACUGACAAGGACUUUAAAAAGCCUAAACAAGCCUGACUUGCAAGGCAGGCAGCCAUGUCUGUUCCAGCCCCAAC